AAGCCUCAACUUCCACCUCGACAUCAACCAACACACCUCAUUCCAAACCAACAACAUGCGCGCCUUUGCCAUCAUCUCUUCCAUCGUGGCCGUUGCCACCGCAGCCGCCAUUAACAGCCCCGACCAGGGUAUGGGCUACUGGACCGUCAGCAACCUGGGCCUGAACAUCCCUCCCUCGGCCAGCCACCGCGUCUUCAACUUCGACGUCCAGUACUCCAAGGACAGCGAGGCGACGCACUGCACGCUCGACAACAACAAAGAUCCCUUGAACAAGGCCCAGUGCGGCAACUCUGCCGUCAGCUUCGAGAUUGGCGAGGACGAGAGAUCUAUCUCGCUCAAGCAGACCGUUGGCGAGGCUACCUAUGUCAUGGGUAACUCUGCUUUCGACCUCGACUGCAAGACUACCACUGUUGGCAGCAACACUUGCUCUUCCAAGACCUUCACCGUCCCCGUCACUUCCGCUGUCGCUUAAAUUUUCCACAGCUUCAGGGCUUGAAUCGCAUUGGUUUUGGAUAUAAGUUAUGAGAAAAACUUCAUCGUGUAGCGAACAUAUUCUGUAAUAUGAUAAAUAUAAUAAAUCCAAACAUUGCGAAAUUUGUGUAUAUUUAAAGACGAUUUUGACGGAACUUGCGAGAAGAGAUCAUUGUGUUCGCAAAAAGGUUUAAGGACGGUCGUAGUCUUAUAGCUUUUAGUUCAACUUUCUCCUUUAAAUG